AUGAGGAGGGCUUUGGACAAACUCAAUGAGACUGGUGUGUAUUCUCUCCAGCAGUGGGACGUGUAUGGUAAAAAGGAACAAGUUAUCCCUUUGGUGGGAGGAAUGUUAAAUGUAUCCCUCAGCGUUGCGAAGAAUGAAUCACCGUUGCUGAAAGGUGAAGUGAUGAUGGGGGUCUACGAGUCUGUAUUUAAUGCUACAUGGAAUCAUGUGGUGGAGGUCCCUGGUGACAGUGAAGGGAUCGGAAUGAGGGUGAGGAAAGGCAAGCCGUCGAGGGAAUGGACAGACGAAGAGGUGGAAUAUUUUCCUCCUGGCACCGUAUAUGAGAACGAAGAGGGCACCAGUGCAGAGGGGAUGGCGGAUCCGCAGGAACCACGUGCUGAGCUAAUGGUGCUCAAUUCUGAAAAAGGCUGGCCGUACACGUGGUUAAUGGCAAAAACUAUGUGCGACUGCCACAUCGGCCGCGAGACGGAACGUGUUUGGCGCAUCGUUAAGCGUGAUGUGGACGAAUGGUUUGCGUGUCGUGGCGGGAAUGAUGCGGGCCCGGGAAAGCGUCUUUUGGUUGGGACACCUGGUAUAGGGAAAUCAAUGGGGACUGGCUCGUAUCUCCUCUACCAACUGCUGCACUAUGACGAGGAACUGCUUGCAGUGGUUGCAUACGUCAUUAAAGAUUACGUGUUUAUCUUUCACAAAGCCAGAGGUGAAGAACAAGGACGCGUGGAGUACUACAAAAACCUCGAAGGGGGAGUGGGUGCUGUGGUAGACCUCUCUCUUACUGUGAGGGGAUACAUAAUCUACGAUGUGGCAAAGCAAGGAAGUGAACCUCACCACGCUUUACCUCCAAAGGGAUGGGGCAUGAUUGUUGUGACUUCCCCGAACGAGGACAACUUCAUGGGAUGGGAGAAGCAAAGAAGAGCACUGCGUAUCAUAAUAGAUUGCCCUGAGACGAGUGAACUGAAUGCGAGGUGUGUGUGGAUUAACCGCGAUAAAGCAGAGAAGCAACAACAGAAAGAAUGGAAGGUUGUGGAAGAGCGUAUAGAGCAUAUAGGACCACUUCCCCGCUACAUUUUUUGUAGUGAAAUUGAGUACAGAGGUCGUGUGAAGGCGGUUGGAAAGGCGUUGACUUGUAUCACACCAUCCAAUGCCGAGUUAUACUUCGGAGUGAACAAAGAGGGUUCAUGGGAAGGCCAAGAUCCCUGCCACAAGCUUGUGAAAAUCACUCGGUAUUCCGCGCCGGGGGAACCUGAGUGUUACUGCAACGAUCCGCUGGCGCCUGCUAUAGGGGGAAAAAUACGGGUUCGUGUUGGAGAUGCUGUUGAUGCCUCUGCUGUUCUGAUGUCAUUGUUGCUUCCAUUUGAUGAGAUGGUGCCGAAAAUCAUGGAGAAAUUUGCAGUUGCGGCAUUUUUGCACGAGGAGUUCGU